UUCUGAGGAUGGAUUAACGGCCAGGGCUGCCUCGGUGGGCGCGAGCCGGGCGGCGGCACGCGCCGUUGCCAGACAGGCCACGUUGCCUUAGCUCCCACCCUUCCCGGGGCCGCGGGACCGGAAGCCCCCGCCGCAUGCCCUUUGAACCGGGAAGUCCUUGCGGAGGCCUGGGCGGACCGGGUUUGAAUGAAAUCCGGCUGAUUCACGGCGGCCUGGGCCGAGGCGGCGCGGUACAGGGGGCUCUGCCCGCAGGAGAGAGAUCUACUGGCAUCAUCUUUAUAGUCAAAAAGUGGGAGCUGCUGCUGAGUUUGUUCUGUGAUCACCUUUUGCUGAACACCAGAAAUAUGGAUAGACUUCUGCGACUUGGAGGAGGUAUGCCUGGGCUGGGACAGGGGCCACCAACAGAUGCUCCUGCGGUCGAUACAGCGGAACAGGUUUAUAUCUCUUCCCUUGCACUGCUGAAAAUGUUGAAGCAUGGUCGUGCUGGUGUCCCUAUGGAAGUUAUGGGUCUGAUGCUCGGAGAAUUUGUUGAUGACUACACUGUGAGAGUGAUUGAUGUUUUUGCAAUGCCACAGUCGGGAACGGGUGUCAGUGUAGAGGCAGUUGAUCCUGUAUUUCAAGCAAAAAUGUUGGAUAUGCUGAAACAGACGGGAAGACCUGAGAUGGUAGUUGGUUGGUAUCAUAGUCACCCUGGCUUUGGCUGUUGGUUGUCUGGUGUAGAUAUCAAUACUCAGCAGAGCUUUGAAGCCUUAUCAGAAAGAGCUGUUGCUGUUGUGGUGGAUCCCAUUCAGAGUGUUAAAGGAAAGGUUGUUAUUGAUGCCUUCAGAUUGAUCAAUGCUAAUAUGAUGGUCUUGGGACAUGAACCAAGACAAACAACUUCAAAUCUGGGUCACUUAAACAAACCAUCUAUCCAGGCACUAAUUCAUGGACUAAACAGACAUUACUAUUCCAUCACCAUCAACUACAGGAAGAAUGAACUAGAACAGAAGAUGUUGCUAAAUUUGCAUAAGAAGAGUUGGAUGGAAGGUUUGACACUGCAGGACUACAGUGAACAUUGCAAACUCAAUGAAACAGUAGUGAAGGAGAUGUUAGAAUUAGCUAAGAAUUAUAACAAGGCUGUUGAAGAAGAAGAUAAGAUGACACCUGAACAGCUGGCAAUAAAAAAUGUUGGCAAGCAGGACCCCAAACGUCAUUUAGAAGAGCAUGUGGAUGUGCUGAUGACCUCAAACAUUGUCCAGUGUUUAGCUGCUAUGUUGGAUACAGUUGUAUUUAAAUAACUGAUUUACUGUUUGUGAUGCUUUCUGUGUAUAUUUGUUUAUUGUUUCUAAUACUCAUAAAACAGAGACUGUUGAGGCCCUGUUUGUUUAAACAGAGACAUCCGAUUUCAUUCGCAAUGUAAGUGCAGCACUAUAACACCUUUCAGUCUCUAAUUGUGCAGUUGCUUCUGUUUCUUUAUGUCAGGGUCUUUACAGAUGCCAGAGCAUUCAAGAACACAACAUGGGCAAAAAUGUAUUACUUUUUCAUUUAAUAUUUGGGGGGAAAAUCAGUAGUACAUAUAUAUUUUGAUUGUUGCAACAUAAUAAAAAUACAUUUACAAACCUG